GAAACCCUGUAUUGAAAAAAAAAAUGUUAUUUAGAAAGGGUUUUACCAUGUAGCCUUGGCCUGGAUCUCACUCUGUAGCUCAGGCUGGCCUCGAGUUCACAGAGAUCCACCUGCCUCUGCCUCCUGAGUGCUGGCAUUAAAGGCGUGCGCCGCCGCCACCACCACCAGGCUAGGAAACAUUCUUUAAACAAAUGGUUGGAUGUGGUUGCUCUGGCCCUUAAUUUCCAACACUGGGGAGCCAGAGGCAGGCAGAGUUCUGUAGGUUCCUGGCUACACAGGGGCAUCAGGGCUCACAGAACAAAAACAUGCAGGGAAAGGGGGUCAGGGGUCUGACGAGCAGAGGUCAGGCCCAGAAAUCCGCAGGUGGGUGGAGUGUCUGGGACCCCCAAGAUGAACGCUGGCAUCACCCCAGUUGCCUUCUGAGAGAUGCCACCAAAGCCCGAGGCUGGCACUCCCCAUCCGCCCAUCUUCUCUGUAAAUAGCUUGGGUUACUUCAGGGAGCUUCCGACUUUCUGACUAGAGCUGCUCCCUCAGGCGGUCCUCGGAGUGCAGCUGGUGGUGACCCUGUUCACCGCCACCCUCAUGCACAGGCUGGCCCCCCACUGCUCCUUCGCCCGCUGGCUGCUGUGUAAUGGCAGUCUGUUCCGAUACAUACACCCGUCGGAGGAAGAGCUGCGGGUGCUAGCCGGGAAACCGAGGCCCAGAAGCAGGAAGGAACGCUGGACCAAUGGCCUUCAUGAUGAGAAGCCACUGUCAGUGCCUAGAGAUGCCCCUUUCCAGCUGGAGACCUGUCCCCUCACUGCUGUGGAUGCCCUAGUCCUGCGCUUCUUUUUGGAGUACCAGUGGUUCGUGGAUUUCGCUGUGUACUCUGUGGGCGUGUACCUCUUCACGGAGGCCUACUAUUUUGUGCUGGGCCCGGUCCAGGAGGCCAACAUUGCUGUGUUCUGGUGCCUGCUCACACUGGCCUUCUCUCUCAAGGUAUUCCUCACGGUGACCCGGCUGUACUUCAGUGCCAAGGAGGGCGGGGAGCGCUCAGUGUGUCUGGCCUCUGCCUUCCUCUUCCUCCUCCUGGCCAUGCUCGUGCAGGUGGUGCGGGAGGAGACCCUGGAGCUGGGGCUGGAGCCAGGUCUAGCCAGUGUGACCCAGAACCUGGAGCCUGUUCUGAAGAAGCAGGGUUGGGACUGGGCACUCCCUGUGAUCAAGCUGGCCCUCCGCCUUGGGCUUGCGGUGCUAGGCUCCUUGUUGGGCGCCUUCCUCAUUUUCCCAGGCCUGAGGAUGGCCCAGACCCACCAGGACGCGCUGACCCUGUCUGCAGAUCGGCCACUGCUGCAGCUGCUCCUGCAUACCAGCUUCCUGUCGCCCAUGUGCACCCUGUGGCUCUGGACAAAGCCUGUCGCCCGUGACUUCCUAUACCAGCCACCCAGGAGGAACGCGACCUCUUCUCUGCCAUCAGAAGGGGCCUUCGACUCCCUGCGCCUCUGGGUGCUGGUGGCGCUGUGCCUGCUGCGGCUCUCCGUGACCCGGCCACACCUGCAGGCCUACCUGUGCCUAGCCAAGUCUCGCGUGGAGCAGCUGCGCAAGGAGGCUGGCCGCAUUGAGGCCCGCGAGAUUCAGCAGCGGGUAGUCCGGGUUUACUGCUACGUGACCGUGGUGAGCCUGCAGUACCUGACGCCCCUCAUCCUCACUUUGCACUGCACGCUGCUGCUCAAGACCCUGGGCGGCUACUCUUGGGCCCUGGGCCCUGCUCCAACCUCACUGGCCCCGCCACAGUCCUCAGACACCUUAAUCUCUGUGGACCCUGCAGAGGAUGAAGCCCAGCAGACUGCAGCCCAGGUCGCAGGGGUUCUGGGCAGCCUGCUUACACCCCUCUUCCUCCGUGGUGUGCUGGCCUACCUCAUCUGGUGGACCGCGGCCUGCCAGCUGCUCUCCAGCCUCUUUGGCCUCUACUUCCACCAGCAGCUGGCAGCUUCCUAGCGUGAUCCACCAGGACUGGGACUGCUGCCUGUGUGUGUACCUUAGUGCCCCUAGAUGACCUAGGGGUGAGGGUGGGGACACCAUCUCUGUCACCUCCGUGCCUAGAUCAUGAUUCAGGUUCCCCUGGAUCUGGAGGCCAUGGUCCCCGAGUGUGGUGUGUGUGUGUGUGUGUGUGUGUGUGUGUGUGUGUGUGUGUGUGCAGGAUUUCAGGGAGGCUCCUCUCAAUAAAAGGGGUGGGCCACUUUUACAGAAAUAUCCCGAGGCUGAGGAGAUGAGCAGGGGAGACCUGGCUGGUGAGAAGGACUUAGGAGAGAGUGGUACCUGGCAGGAGUGGGAAGAUGGAGGUUAGGGAUGGCUAGG